UACCAUAACUAAACAAGCAAAUCACAUUUUAUUUUACACAGAACUUUUUCUAGUUACAUACACGACGAGGGACACCCGGACAGGUGAGUUUUCCAUAUGGCUAGCUAGCAAGAAACUUUCACAAAUAUAAAAUUAUUUUAAUUUACAUAUUUUUCUGUAUCACAUUUAAUAAUAAUAAAAUAUUUAUCUAUUUUUUCCCACUUCUCAAUUCAUAACAUUUAAACCCCAAAAAAUAGUCAGAAAAAAAAAAAAAACAAACAAAGACACAGAAUAGCAGACCCGCAUCAUGAACAACAACCCGCUGAGCCCGGACGACGACGUUUCACCAAAUCUAGGCGGAUUCAGGUACGGCAUAGGAGUCUCAGUCGGAGUUUUGAGUCUAAUCAUAAUCGUAACCCUCUUAUCCUACUUCUGCACCCGAAGGACACGCUUAUCCCGGCCCCCAAACAGAACCGCAGCCCUCGUCGUCAUCACCAAUAGUAGCGACUUCGAUCAGGAUCAUCAGGCCGAGCAGGGCUUAGACGACGCCGUUUUGAACAGCUUCCCUAAGGUUAUGUACGAUCAGGCUAAGGUCCACAUGAAUAAGGGAUCCAACGGUCGAAAUCAUCAGUCGUCUACGACGGGUUCCAGUUGCUCCAUAUGCUUGGCUGAUUAUAACGACUCUGAUUUGCUCCGGUUGUUGCCGGACUGCGGUCAUCUCUUUCAUUUGACCUGCGUUGACCCCUGGCUACGUCGGAAUCCCACGUGUCCUAUUUGCCGGAACUCGCCGAUUCCGACUCCGUUGACCACUCCCUUGGCUGAGGUUAUUCCCUUGGCCUCCCGUCGAGGUUGAAAUUUCUCUAUAUAAUAAUUUCAAGGCUUACUUUUUCUUUUUUUUUUUACAAUUUUUUAUUUUUAUUCUUUUUACUAGAAUUUUAUGUAAAUGAAUAGAGAUUUGUUUCCAGUUUAAUUUUCCAUCAAGGAUAUUUUUUUUAAAUGUGUUUGCUUAUGGGUCAAAAUGAUUUACAUGCAGGGAUGAUC